AUUCCAUAUCGCACGCAUGGGUUCACCUCAAUGUAUGUAGCUGACUAAUUAUGGAAUUGACCUGCUCGGUCCAUGUUCCUGGUGCUCUAGCUCCAAUGCUGGAGAGUUCGAUUCGCAACCCACUGAAGAAAGGUCAGGUCCUGUCCCACGCUCGUACUCCCAUAUCGUUCCAGGGAACAAUGGUCGCCGGUACCCGGAUCCUCAGGGGAUAUAAGUGCUCGUACCGAAGUUUUGGCAUUGGUCUCCUUCCCCCCGCCUUUUCAUUAUCUUCGCUUGCGCCCGAUGUCUAUCCUUGAUCUCACUUGGGGGGUGGCGUUGGCAUUCGCUGUCUUUAGUACGGUUCUCUCUGGCAUCCUUACCGUGCAGGUUUGCGUCUACUCUGCGAAAUUCCCACACGAUUCCUUAUUCGUCAAAUGCACAGUUUGGACAGUUUUUAUACUCGAAAUUUUGCACAACAGCUUCACUUGGAGGCUCUUGCAUCAUUAUCUGAUCGCUUCUUAUUCGAAUUUCUCCAAACUUGCUCUCGUUGAAUGGGGUAUCACACCCGCCGUGAUCUUUCAGGCCACUGUCACCUGCGUUGUCCAACUGUUUUAUGUUAGGAGAUGUUGGCUGGUCAAUCGAAAGCAUUGGGUAAUCCCGAUGAUUACAGCUUUCCUGUCAUUUGGUUCCUUCAGCGCAGGUUGUUACGCAGCCGUUGCUGCCAUUCGGACGAAGAAGUCUGGCAGAUAUCCUGAUUUUUUACUGCAUUAUUUCCUCGAUUCGCGGAUCACGAAUGGGAUACAAACCUAUUGACAAGGGCCUGAGGAUGCUUGGCGUGUACGCCUUUUCCACCGGGGCCGUUACCACCAUUUUGAACUUCUUAACUAUGUGCAUGGUCCGCCAUCGGCCCAGUGUUCGAUACGCUCAGCAUCUAACGCUCUCUCGUUUAUA